AGAGAUACCUGGAGGCCUUCGCGAGACUUUGGUACCUGAUCUGCUCUCACUACCGAGCGCGGCAUAUGGAAGUGGAGAGACAUCGUUUUCUGCGUAUAUAUGAUCGUCAUACCUAUGCCUAUAACCUCACAUAGGAGUCACUGAACCGUUCUUCCUUUCUUUACUCACAAAUUCCACCGCAAUGCAUCUCUCCACAUGUCUUCUCGCAGCCGCCACACUCAACUUCGCCAUCGCUCUUCCUUCUAACCUCGAACACCGGAAUGACAAGGUCGGCUACCUCUUCACCCACUUUCCCCCUGAUGAUGAAGCAAUCCACAUGCUCCUCUCAGACGGCAACAAUGCCCAGACCGGCUGGAAGACGCUCUCCUAUGAUGGAACCUCUAACACCUCCGCCAUCCUGCGUAGCGACGUUGGCACUAAAGGCGUACGCGACAGUCAUAUCGUCACAUCUCCUGAUGGAUGCAAGCACUACCUCAUUGCCACGGACCUAAACGCCGAGGCCCUUAAUUACGACUACAACUACGCCAGCCGCUUUGGCAGUUUGUCCAUUGUCGUCUGGGAGUCCCCUGAUCUCAUCAACUGGUCCUCCGCACGCCUCACUCCGCCCCUUGUCGACGCAUCCGCCGGAAACGUCUGGGCACCCGAAGCAAACUGGGACUCUCAACUCCAGGCCUACAUCAUCGUCUUCGCUGCCCGCUACUGGUCCGCGUCUGACCCGGAUCGAACUGGCGCACAACCGCCCAACAUCCUGCAGUACGUCACAACAACCGACUUCCGGACCUUCUCCGCGCCAACAGAGUAUUUUGCACCAGGUUAUCCCGUUAUCGACGCCACGUUUCUCCACGUACCAGAGCAAGGCCCGGAUGUGUGGUAUCGCUGGGUGAAGUCCGAGGUCGACUACAUGGUGUUUCAACAGCGGAGCGAGGACGGGAUCCGAGGGACGUGGACGAAUGUGGGUGGAGCACCGGAUUCGGAACGGAUCGAGUUUGCGAGACAGUAUUCGAACAAUGAGGGGCCGCUGAUCUUCAGAGAUAAUGUUGAUCCGGGUUUAUUUCAUCUUUGGAUUGAUGAGAGUACUUUGGACAGCUACAUCCCAGGGCAAGCAAGAACCCUGGAUGACAUGGCGGCGUGGGAAGGGCUAGGGUUGGAUGGAUUCCCGACGCGGGCAAAGCAUGGUGUUGUGGUGGCGUUGAAUCGGGAGCAGUAUCGUGGAAUUAGCACAAAGUACAAGGUAGUUGCGUGAAGAAGGCGGUGCGAUAGAAAGAUAUCAUCUUGAAAAGGAUUGGGAACAGACGUUACGGUAAUGAUCAACCAUAUCUCAAACAAAAUAAUUGGAUC